UUGGGGUUAGAUUAGAUUGUGAACUAGCCAAUGCAAGAGUAGGAGUAUAUACUUUUUAUAUUCAAGAUACCAAUAUUAAUUUUACGAAUAUACAAUCUUUAAAAGAAAUGCUUGAUGUAAAUAAUCCAUAUAUUACUUAUUUACAAUAUAUUUCAGAAAUAUCCCACCAAUAUAUUACAAAACUGUCUUUAAUUAUCCAUACUAAUAUUCCUGAGUUAGACCAGAAGACCAACAAUAUGUUCACUGCACUUAACUCCUCGAAUACAUCAAUAUGGAUAAAUGAUGACAAUAUUUUAGAUUGCAAUGUGCUUAAUAAUAAUAGUGAUAGUUCAGCAUAUAAUAACUCACAUCAUGUAGGUCACAAAAUAAUUUUUCCUGCAACAUUUGUUGAAAGUCUUUACAAUAUGUUUCAACAUUAUCAAGAUACAAUAGUUUUAGUUCAUAUUAGAAAAUCAGAUUUAUUCAUUAUUGUAACUUGCAAUUUGAAAUGGCUGAAAAUUAAAGCUUCAUCAUUCCCUGAACAAAAGGUAGAAGAUAUAUCCAAUGUUACAGAAUUACCUCAUACAUAUUUUUUGUUAAUACUUCAUCCUGAUGAUAAACCAAUGUCUCCUGAUAAUUAUGAUGAAAUUGUUCAAGCUGAAAUACCUAAUUCAGCCACUAACCUGAAGACUUACACUACUGUCAUUACAAGUAUAGUACAUGAUCUAUGUGGUUAUUUAAAUCCUAACACUCUGUGUAUAACUGUAGAAGAAAAUGGUCAUAAACAAU